AUGUGUGGUAUCUUUGGAUACGUCAAUUAUCUCGUCGAGAAGGACCGCAAGUACAUUCUUGACACCUUGGUCAAUGGCCUCGCUCGUCUAGAAUACCGUGGAUACGACUCAGCUGGUCUAGCUGUCGACGGUGACAAGAAGAAUGAGAUCUUUGCUUUCAAGGAGGUUGGCAAGGUUGCCAAGCUGAAGCAGCUCAUCGUUGAGGAGAAGCCAGACCUCACAAAGGUCUUCGACUCCCACGCUGGUAUCGCACACACUCGCUGGGCCACCCACGGAAAGCCUUCGCGCGUCAACUGCCACCCCCACAGGUCUGACCCCAACUGGGAGUUCUCUGUCGUCCACAAUGGUAUCAUCACCAACUACAAAGAAUUGAAGGUUCUGCUCGAGGGCAGAGGCUUCAAGUUCGAGACUGACACCGACACUGAGGCCAUUGCCAAACUCACAAAGUACAUCUACGACCAGCACCCGGACAUUGACUUCCCAGUCUUGGCCAAGGCUGUCAUCAAGGAGUUACAGGGAGCUUUCGGUCUUCUCCUCAAGUCCGUCCACUACCCCCAUGAGGUCAUCGCUGCCCGCAAGGGUUCUCCAUUGGUCGUCGGUGUCCGCACUCAGAAGAAGAUGAAGGUCGAUUUCGUCGAUGUGGAGUACACCGAAGAGGGUGUCGCCCUGCCUGCAGAGCGUGCUUCGCAGAACGUCGCCCUGAAGAAGAGCAACAACCUUCUUGCCCCUCCCGACAAAUCUCUCCUCCACCGCUCGCAAUCGCGUGCUUUCCUCUCAGACGAUGGUGCUCCUCAGCCCACCGAAUUCUUCCUCUCCUCCGACCCAUCUGCCAUUGUUGAGCACACCAAGAAGGUCUUGUACCUUGAGGACGAUGACAUUGCUCACAUCCACGAGGGUCAGCUCAACAUCCACCGUCUUCAGAAGAACGACGGUGCCUCGAAUGUGCGUGCCAUCCAGACCAUCGAGAUCGAGCUCCAGGAGAUCAUGAAGGGCAAGUUCGACCACUUCAUGCAAAAGGAGAUUUUCGAGCAACCAGAGUCCGUCGUCAACGCCAUGCGUGGUCGUCUAGACAUUGAAAAUAAGAAGGUCACCCUUGGUGGCCUUCGCCAAUACAUCUCCACAAUCCGCCGCUGCCGCAGGAUCAUCUUCAUUGCCUGCGGUACAUCCUUCCACUCAUGUAUGGCGGUGCGUGGUAUCUUUGAGGAACUGACCGAGAUUCCCAUCUCCGUCGAGCUCGCCUCAGAUUUCCUCGACAGACAAGCUCCAGUCUUCCGUGAUGACACCUGUGUUUUCGUCUCUCAGUCUGGUGAGACUGCCGACUCUCUCAUGGCCCUUCGCUACUGUCUUGAGCGUGGUGCCCUGACCGUUGGUAUCGUCAACGUUGUCGGUUCCUCCAUCUCUCUCCUCACCCACUGUGGUGUCCACAUCAACGCUGGUCCCGAAAUUGGUGUUGCCUCCACCAAGGCGUACACUUCGCAAUUCGUGUGCAUGGUCAUGUUUGCUCUUUCGCUAAGUGAGGACCGUGCGUCCAAGCACCAGAGAAGGCAAGAGAUUAUGGAGGGUCUAGGCAAGGUCUCUGAGCAGUUCAAGGAGAUCUUGAAGCUCGAUUCCAGCAUCAAGACUCUCUGUGAGAAGUUCAAGCACCAGAAGAACAUGCUUCUGCUUGGUCGUGGCGCCCAGCACGCCACUGCUCUGGAAGGUGCUCUGAAGAUCAAGGAAAUUUCGUACCUUCACUGCGAGGCCGUCAUGUCUGGUGAGCUCAAGCAUGGUGUUCUUGCCUUGGUCGAUGAGGAUCUCCCUAUUGUCAUGAUCCUCACUCGUGAUGACAUCUUUGCCAAGUCGUUGAAUGCAUACCAACAAGUCAUUGCUCGCAAGGGCAAGCCCAUUAUUAUUUGCAACACCGACGACACCGAGUUCCCGUCGGACAAGACCGAGAAGAUUGAGGUUCCACAGACCGUCGAUGCUCUUCAGGGUCUCCUCAACGUCAUUCCUCUGCAGCUGAUGGCGUACUGGCUCGCCGUGGGCGAAGGCCUGAACGUCGAUUUCCCCAGGAACUUGGCCAAGUCGGUCACUGUGGAGUAA